CUCUGUAUAGGAACUCUACUAUUCUGACAACACUGCUAUCAAAAUUCAAAAUUGUUCUGUCAGUUAAUUUUCCCAUAGUUCAGACUUAUGAAUUUCAGAGCGAAAAAAACCCCCAGUCCUGAAACAAUCGACAUAACUUUUAUAAAACACGACGAUAGUUUCUCAUGGCCGAGUCCUACAAGUGACGAACUUGAAGAAAGCCCUGUCAUUACCCCCAAUUGUUCUACUUGUUCCCUUGACAUGAAUUUCGACAAAAACAGUGUUAUCAGUGAAUUAUCAUCAGUGUCAAGUCUGGACGGACCCAUCGAAGAUAUUUACUGCAAACGUCGCUCAUCUAGACUCCGGAUCAGUAACCGCGCUCGCAUCGAACCCUCCAUCCUCAACCACGUCCUCGACUUCCUCUCCACUUGCUUUUGGAAAUGUUCAACAGGUUGUCAACAAUUACCAGACAAACACUUUUAAACUUUUAUUGUUACAAAAAUAAUAAAUAAAAUUUAUAGCCCG